AUGAUCACUGCGGCCAUUAGGAGCUAUGCCCAGUCUUCACCACAAGAGAAUAGGCCCAAAAGAGACCUCAUGCGCCCCACAAACGAAGAGCGAGCUGAAAACGAGUGCGAUAGUUACUCGGAAUAUAGAGGAGGUGACAGUCAAGAUGUCCGGACCGAGGUCGACAGGUUGAGGCGAGACAUAAACGAAUUGAAGGCUCUGCGAAUUGGCUUAACACGAACUCCCGAAGGAACGAACCCGUUUUCCAAACACCUCGACAAUGAUCCUAUACCGUCUAACUAUCGACCUAUUCUGUUCGAAUAUAACGGUACGACCGAUCCGACCGAGCACCUGAGUCGAUUCAACAACACAGCUUCCCUCCACCAGCUUACCGAGGGGGUGAAGUGUCGUGCUUUCGUCACUACUCUGGCUGGACCAGCUCAGGCCUGGUUCGGCCUAUUGCCGCUAGAAAGCAUAAAUUCCUUCGGACAGUUCACCAAGGCUUUCAUGAACCAAUUCGCUAGCUCGAAAAAAUGUAAGAAAACCUCGCUGUCGCUAUUCAGCAUUAGACACAUAGAGAAAGAGAGCCUCCGAAACUAUAUUAAACGUUUCACCUCGGUAACUCUAGAGGUCCCCACCACUAGUGACGAGGUACUAAUGGCUGCCUUGUCACAAGGAUUAGGGGAUGACGAAUUCUUUCGAGCCCUAGCUUUGGAGCCAUCGAUCACCCGAUUUCGACAACUUACUAGGAAGAGCAUCCAGGUUCAUCAAUCUGGAAGAAGCUCGGCAGCAAAAGGUAGAAGAAUCCCAUCAGGCCGUAAACCUAAGAGAAAUGACCUACGUUGGCCUCGUUUUGCCCGAGAGGAGCCUCGCCGAAGUCCUGCUUUGGGCACCUUUUGCCGUUUCCAUAAUGAGUAUGGCCACACGACGGAUGAGUGUUCGCAUUUGAAAGACGAGGUAGAGCGUCUUAUCAGAGCCAACAAAAUUGGAGAUUUCGUAAAGAUAGAUCCCCCAAGGGGACAAAAACGAGAGGCCCAGUUCGGAAACCCGGCUCGAGUUCCACCCCCACCUCCCAUGCCAAAACGAGGAUACAUCCAAAUGAUCUCGGGAGGACCUACGGGAGGAGAUACUCACCGAGCUAGGAGACGAUACCUCGGUGAUAUUAAAAAUAAACACGAGAUCCACCAAAUCUCCGCGGCAGCGUGUCAUAAAUAUCCUCCUAUCUCGUUUGGACCAGAGGAUACCGUAGACCUUGAUGAUUUUCAUUGCGACCCCCUCCUCAUCACAAUUAACGUGGGUGGAUAUGAUGUAGCUCGCGCUUUCGUCGACUCGGGGAGUUCCGUGGAUGUUAUUUCUUAUGAUUGUUUCCGACAGAUGGAACUCGAUCUCCCGAUCUUCCCAGUUACUACCCCGAUCUUUGGAUUCACCACGGGAGGAUCUAUAACACCGGUCGGACAAGUCAAAAUCCCAGUCACCCUCGGGACGCCUCCUCACACGCGGACACAAACUGUUAAUUUCGUAAUUUUUGAAGGAUCUCCCACCUUGUAUAACAUCGUGAUAGGCCGGCCCAUGAUGCAUAUAUUCCGGGCAGUCCCCUCUACCAUACACCAAAAGCUCAAGUUCCAUGUGAAUGGGGCAAUAGGGGAAGUUAAAGGCGACCAAGCUCAGUCAAGAUCAUGUUACGUCGAGGUUGUCAAAAUGGCAGAGAAUGGACGACGUGGCACUUUCACUAAGGAGGACUUGGGAGAUGAGAAACGUCCCCGAAUUGAUCCAGAGGACAAAGUCAUACAUGUCCAACCGAUGGAUGAACUAAUGACAAUCGAUUUGAUCCCCGGGACAUCUAAACAAACCCGGAUAAGUAAGGAAUUGGAGCCACCAUUUCGAGAUAAGCUGCAUCGCACCUCGUACCGCCGUAGACUCAAUCUGAAGCCAGAAUGCAGGCCCAUAAAGCAAAAGCGGCGACACUUCGGGACUGAGAAAGAUGGGAUCAUCAAGCGAGAAGUCCAACGCCUCUUGGACAUCGGGCAUAUCCGGGAAAUUCAGUUCCCCACAUGGUUAUCUAAUGCAGUUUUAGUCCAAAAAGCCAACGGACAGUGGCAGAUGUGCAUUGACUUCCGAGACUUGAACAAGGCAUGCCCCAAUGAUGAUUAUCCCUUACCUCGCAUAGAUCAGCUCGUAGACGCCACAGCCGGGUGCGAGCUACUCAGCAUGAUGGAUGCCUCGCAAGGAUAUCACCAGAUCCCAUUGGACGAAGAAAACCAACCCGCAGUCAGCUUUAUCACAGCUACCGGUACCUACUGCUACGUAGUAAUGCCAUUCGGCUUAAAGAAUGCAGGAGCUACAUACCAAAGAUUGAUGGAUAAAAUGUUUCGGGCUCAGCUCGGGCGCAAUAUGGAAGUAUAUGUGGAUGAUAUGUUGGUUAAAAGCAAAAAGCGUUCGACGCACCUCGCCGAUUUAGCCGAAACGUUUGCUACUCUUCGCCUUUAUGGGAUGAAGCUUAAUCCGGAAAAAUGCGCAUUUGGGGUUAAGGCUGGAAAAUUCCUCGGAUAUGUAAUCACACAAGAAGGCAUUAAAGUAAAUCAAGACAAAGUAGAGGCAGUACUCCGGAUGACACCACCUCGUUCUAUUAAGGAAGUGCAGUCCUUAGCAGGAAAAAUGGUGGCCUUAGCUCGAUUCAUAUCACGAAUGGCCGAUAAGAGUUUACCCUUUUUCAAAGUCUUAAGAAAGACCGCACAAUUCGAAUGGUCCGACGAAUGUCAGCUCGCUUUCGAGGCGUUAAAAGUAUCGCUAUCUCGUCUACCUAUCCUCAGCACCCCCGAGAGAAGUGAGACACUUUUUGUAUACCUAUCCGUGGGAAAUGAAGCUGUUAGCUCGGUCUUGUUCAAAGAGGCAUUAGUAGACUUUAUUCGAGAAACCACCAGGAUACCCAUUGAGAAGGAGUGGGAGGUUUAUGUAGAUGGAUUCUCUACGGCAUCAGGCGCAGGAGCCGGAGUCAUAGUCAUCGAUCCCAUGGGAGUAGAACUCGAGUUCGCCAUCAAAUUACCACGAGUCUCGAAUAACGAAGCAGAAUACGAGGCCAUCAUUCGGGGCAUGGAAAUCGCUCAAGAGCUCGGCGCUCGAGUAGUGCGUGUAAAUUCCGAUUCGCAACUUGUGAUACAUCAGUUAGAAGGAAAUUAUGAGAUAAAGAACGAUAGAAUGUGGAGCUACGUAAACAAAGCAAGAGAUAUUCGAGAAGCCUUUGAGAAGAAGAGAUCGACUGGCGAGCCCCUUUAUUCGCGUAUUUCCGGGGAGAGCGAGUCGGGAAAACUAGGGAACAACAUCGCCUGGAAUACAAAGCUCGGCAUUUCUAUGUGCGACACAGAAUACUAUACAAGAGGCUUCACUACAGUUGAUGCCAGGUGUUUGGGAAAGAAAGAAAUAGAGCAUGUCCUUGACGAGGUACAUAGAAGAGGUUGUGGAGAACACGGAGGGGCUCGAGCGCUCAUACAGAAGUUAUAUCGGGCUGGAUAUUACUGGCCCGGUAUGAAGAAAGACACUUAUCACUACGUCAGACGAUGCAAACAGUGCCAGAGGUUCGCCCCACUCAUACAUAAACCUGGAGAAGAAAUGACCAUUAUGAGUGCCCCAUGCCCCUUCGCCCAGUGGGGGAUCGAUCUGGUAGCACCUUUUCCACAAACGACUGGCAGGAAAAAGUUUCUUAUUGUCGCGGUAGACUACUUCACCAAGUGGGUCGAAGCAGAGGCCCUAUCGAAAAUAUCAGAAGACGAAGUCAUGCACUUUAUAUGGAAACAUAUCUGCUGCCGUUUUGGCUUACCUCGGAGCCUUGUGUCGGACAAUGGCACUCAAUUCAAAGGCAAGAAGAUUCGAGCGUGGUGCGAGGAAAUGAAAAUUACACAGAAAUUCAUAGUCGUCGCACAUCCCUAA